GGCGCGGAGCGGCGGCGGCGCCCGCGCGGGGAUGGCGGCUCCGGGAGCGCUGGAAGCGGCGGCCGGCGGCGUGCCGGGCACCAAGGUGGAGCUCACCGUGUCCUGCCGGAACCUGCUGGACAUGGACACCUUCUCCAAGUCCGACCCAGUGGUCAUCCUCUUCGUGCAGGGCACGGGGAGCAGCGAGUGGAAGGAGUUCGGGCGCACCGAGGUGAUCGACAACACCCUGAACCCCGACUUCGUCCGCAAGUUUGUCCUCGAUUACUACUUUGAGGAGAAGCAAAACCUUCGCUUUGACGUCUACAACGUGGACUCCAAGAGCUGCUCCAUCUACAAGCAGAAGGACUUCCUGGGGCAGGCGUUCGUGGCACUGGGAGAGGUGAUCGGGUCCCAGCGGGGCCGUCUGGAGAGAGCCCUCACGGGGGUCCCAGGGAAGCGGUGCGGGACCAUCCUGCUGCUGGCCGAGGAGCUGAGCAACUGCAGGGACAUCGUCACCAUGCAGCUGUGUGCCAACAAGCUGGACAAGAAGGACUUCUUCGGGAAAUCCGACCCCUUCCUCGUCUUCUACCGCAGCAACGAGGACGGCACCUUCACCAUCUGCCACAAGACGGAGGUGGUGAAGAACACACUUAACCCGGUGUGGCAGCCCUUCACCAUACCCGUGCGUGCCCUCUGCAACGGUGACUACGACCGCACAGUGAAGAUUGAUGUGUACGACUGGGACCGGGAUGGGAGCCACGACUUCAUCGGGGAGUUCGCCACCAGCUACCGGGAGCUGUCCCGUGCACAGAGCCAGUUCACAGUGUAUGAGGUGCUGAACCCUAGGAAGAAGUGCAAGAAGAAGAAAUAUGUCAACUCUGGCACUGUGACUCUGCUCUCCUUCUCCGUUGAGUCCGAGUUCACCUUCGUCGACUACAUACGGGGCGGGACACAGCUGAACUUCACCGUCGCCAUCGACUUCACGGCCUCCAACGGGCUGCCAUCGCAGCCCACCUCGCUGCACUACGCCAGCCCCUACCAGCUGAGCGCCUACGCCCUGGCACUCAAGGCCGUCGGGGAGAUCAUCCAGGACUACGACAGCGACAAGCUCUUCCCCGCCUACGGCUUCGGUGCCAAGCUGCCACCCGACGGCAAGAUCUCCCACCAGUUCCCUCUGAACAACAACGUGGACAACCCCAGCUGUGCCGGCAUCGAGGGCGUGCUCGAGUCCUACCUGCAGAGCCUGCGCACCGUGCAGCUCUACGGGCCCACCAACUUCGCCCCCGUCAUCAACCAGGUGGCCGGCACGGCCGCCCAGGUGACCGACGGCUCUCAGUACCACGUUCUGCUCAUCAUCACCGACGGCGUCAUCUCCGACAUGAUGCAGACCAAGGAGGCCAUCGUCACUGCCUCUGCGCUGCCCAUGUCCAUCAUCAUCGUGGGAGUGGGGCCGGCUGAGUUCGACGCCAUGGAGGAGCUGGAUGGGGACGAGGUGCGCGUGUCGUCGCGGGGCCGCUACGCCGAGAGGGACAUCGUGCAGUUCGUGCCGUUCCGGGACUACGUGGACGAGGCGGGCAGCCAGGUGCGGAGCAUGGCGCGCCUGGCCAAGGACGUGCUGGCCGAGAUCCCCGAGCAGCUGCUGUCCUACAUGCGGGGCCGCGGCAUCGAGCCCCGCCGCAACGCCGCGCAGUGACGGGAGCGUCACCGCCGGGUCCCGUCCGGGAGCGCCGCGCGCGGGGCUGCGCCGCUGUCACCGACCGCAAUAAAGCGCUCCAACCGCA